AUGCUGUCGUUAUCUUUGAAAGAGGUUCUGACCAGAAUAAAAAAUGGACAGCUAUCAUCAUGUGAAGUCUUUGAAAAGUGCGUGCAUCGAGCAAAAAAGUUAAGAGAUUUGAAUUUUUUCAUCACUGAAACAUUUGACAAUGGAACCGAGAAAACCUCACAUAAAAUGAAAUCCCAAAAGGAUGGCAAAUCGAAUCUGCUUCCAGGAAUUCCAUUUGCUGUCAAAGACAACUUCUGCACUCGGAACAUUCGGACCACUUGUGCAUCUAACAUGUUGAAAAAUUACAUUCCUCCGUACAAUGCCACAGUUGUCCAGAGGUUGCUUGAUCAGGGUGCGCAAAUUAUCGGCAAGACUAACAUGGAUGAAUUUGCCAUGGGAUCUACCAGCAUUGACAGUGUUUUUGGACCUGUGCGAAACCCUUGGAAAUAUAACUUCUUGCAGACUUCAUAUCCAGUUCCCAGUGAAUGCCAAAAGACUAAAGUCCAUCAAACAGUUGGUUCCACAGACGAUUCCUGUUCUUCCCAAAAAUCUUAUUCGCGAAAUUUUUCCACUGCUGUCAGCAAUAUUUCAGAACGUUUAUCAAAUUGCACAAAGAACGAUAAUGGACAGCAUCAGGAGUGCAGUUUGAAUUCAGAUUGGUUCAUCUCUGGUGGAAGUUCUGGAGGAAGUGCAGUUGCUGUUGCAGCUGGAACCUGCUAUGGUGCUCUUGGGUCUGACACUGGAGGUUCCACGCGUAACCCAGCAUCCUACUGUGGAGUGGUUGGCCUUAAAUCAACCUAUGGACGCUUAUCUCGAUAUGGACUCAUUCCUUUGACCAAUUCAUUAGAUGUUCCAGGAAUUUUUGCGAAAACGGUUGAUGAUGCAGCCAUAAUUUUCAAUACGUUGGCUGGACAUGAUAUUCAAGACUCCACUACAGUAACUGAUCCAUUUCAUCCUGUGAUCUUGCCAGACGCACCAGAGGUUAAAGGACUCACUAUUGGUAUCCCACAGAAUUGCGACUCUCUGACUACAAAGGAAGUUAUUGACCUCAGAUUAAAGGUAGCAGAUAUGUUUGCGAAUGCAGGUGCUAAAGUUGUUCCAGUUUCUCUUCCGCACGCAUCAUACAGCGUAAGCUGCUAUAUUAUACUCUGUUGCAGUGAGGUGGCUUCAAACAUGGCCUGCUAUGAUGGAAUUGAAUUUGGUCACAGAGCAAAAGACACGGUGUCUACUGAACAGCUGUUUGCUACAACACGUCAUGACGGCUUCAAUGACGUUGUGAGAGAAAGGAUCCUGGCAGGCAAUUAUUUCCUCUUGAAAAGUAAUUAUGACCAGUAUGUGUUGAAAGCUAUGCAAGUUCGACGUUUGAUCCGAGAUGACUACAUGAAAGUAUUUUCCAGUGGCAUCGACCUGCUCCUCACUCCAACAACCUCGGGAGAUGCCCCUCUCUAUCAGAUGCUUACCACAGAGGAAAAUUAUUGGCGCACAGGAGAGCAAGAUUUAUACACUGUCCCAAUUAAUCUGGCAGGUAUUCCUGCGAUCACAGUACCAACAGCAUUAUCCAAAAACGGCCUGCCUAUUGGUCUCCAACUAAUUGGUCAAGAUUUCAAGGAACAAGAAAUGUUGUCAGCUGCCAAGUGGCUGGAACAGGAGAUGAACUUUCCUUAUUUAGAUCUGUCCUUCCUCGAUGACAUAAACACGUGA